AUUAGCUUUGAAGAAGAAUAACAUCUGUGAAGACUUUAAUGAACCAAACAAUUUUUUUGGAACUAUCUGCUUGCACUACUGCAUAAUAGAAACCUUAAAGUCAUUGAAUGUUCGUAUUUGUAAAAUUAUCUAUUCUUCGAUUGGCCAACUGACUGCUGCAUACGCUGCAGAAGUUCUCAGUCUGGAUAAAGUUAUUUUGAUAGGAAAAGGAUUGAUUGGAAAAAGUAAUGGGACAACAAAAUUUUUGAGUGAAGAACUUAGCCAAGUCAUGCUGCAGAAGGAAUUAACUAAACAUAGUUUAUCAGAAAAAAACAUUGAUAAUUUUCGAUAUGUUUCUGACAAAUAUAUUGUGAACAACUUACUCAAUUCUUCUGCAAAUGAAUGGAGUAACAAAGAUGUUAUUAUUGGUAUAGAUUUUGAAUGUGCGGACAAUUUUCUUCAAGUAGUUCAUAUGAUUCGUAAAGAUACGACUGUGGACGAUAUGUUAAUUAAAUUGGGAGAAUUGUAUGAAUUGGGGAUGGAUUUCGAUUUGGGAAAGUUGUAUCCAAUUCAAUGGCCAGUUAAGAGAGGAACGGCGAUGAUUUCUCCAUUGAUCAAAUGGAACCAUGAUCAUGACUUUCGGACACCAAAAUAUAAAGUUGAUGAAAAUAACGAGACCGAAAAACAUAUAAACACAUCUAAUAAUCAAUUUAGCUUCUACAAAGGACACGUUUUUAAUGGACUAACUAUUUUUCCUGCUACUGGAUAUUUAUUCCUUAUAUGGGAGUUCUACGCUUCAAUUAAAGAUAGAUCGAUGCAAAAUAUGAAGAUUUGCUUUGAAGACGUUAGAUUUCACAUAGCGUCGACAAUAGCUAAAGAUGGCACUUUUAGCUUUUACUUAACUAUUCAAAAGACCGGGUAUUUUGAAGUAUCCCAAAGAAACACAACUUUGGUUACAGGUUUGGGUAAACUUGUCAUCGAUGCCAAAGGUCAUAUGGAUCAAAUCAGAGAUAUGGGCAAAGAAAAUGCUAUUCCUGUGGAAAUUAAUUACAAUAUUGCCAGGUCAAAAAAUGUAGAAAUAACAUCUUUGUAUGAUAAGAUCACUAUAAAGAGGAAAACACAUAACGAUCCCACAUUGGAGACGUACAAGUUUAUACCAAAUGAGUCAAGUUUGAGUCUGGAGGAAUCAUUGAUAGUUAACAUGCAGAUCAUAUUGGAAAAUAUUUCAAUG